GCGGCUGUGAGCUGGUCUCUCUAGACGAGUUGACACUUCUUUCCGCCCGCUAAGAGGACGGUGUGAAGUUUUGAGAAGUCACCGAGUACCGGGGGAAGGCGACAGCAAAGGCCAUGGCGACCGGAGACAGUGGCGGAGAGAGCCUAGAGUCGUGGCUGAACAAGGCCACAGACCCGUCUAACUCAGAAGACAGGUGGGACAGUAUCCAGGGCUUCUAUGACCAGGUCAACCAGGAGGCUGAUGGUCCUCAGGUUGCCACUCGUCUCCUGGCCCACAAGAUCCAGUCUCCUCAGCAGAGAGAGGCUCUUCAGGCCCUCACAGUUCUAGAAGCCUGCAUGAACAACUGUGGCAAGAGGUUCCACAGUGAGGCGGCAAAGUUCCGCUUCCUCAAUGAACUCAUCAAAGUCCUGUCUCCAAAGUUCCUGGGUCAGUGGAGUGGUGCGGAGGUGAAGCUGAGGGUGACGGAGGUUCUGUACAGCUGGACUUUGUGGCUCAAAGAAGAACCCAAGAUUCAGGAGGCCUACCGCAUGCUGAAGAAACAAGGCCUUGUGAAGAAGGACCCUAAACUCCCAGACACCAUUGUGAUGCCUCCUCCCUCACAGAGAGUUGAGGACUCUGUGUUCAACCAGGAGGACAAGGCCAAGUUGUUAGCCACACUCCUGAAGAGCAGGAGUCCUGAAGAUCUGCAGACAGCCAACAGACUGAUCAAGAACACCAUCAAAGAAGAGCAGCAGAAAGCAGAGCUUGUAUCUAGACGUGUCUCUACCCUGGAGGAGGUCGCUAGCAGAACCAGACAGCUGAGAGAGUUACUACAGCAACACGGUCUCACUGGGCCCUCCACACACCACACUGACCACCUGAAGGCCCUCUACGAGAGCUGUGAUAGGCUCAGACCCAACCUUUUCCGAUUGGCCAGCGACACCGUCGACGAUGACGAAGCUUUAGGUAACUUAUCUACGUUUAAUAUUUAGUCUCUAUGUAUUCAU